ACAAGUGAUUUAAGUUUAACCAGAAGCUCAUCUUUGGGAGGGAGGUUCUUUUAUAAUAAAUUCUUCUUCUCUGGUGAGUUGUAACUAAUCCAUCUGCUUUGUGGCUUUUUGCAAUGGACCACCCUCCCCCCCAAGUACAUGGAGAGAGACAACAGACAGAGAGCUCCUCUUUUCCCAAAACGGCAAGUUAGGCACUCCUUGGAUGCAACAGCUUUGAGAUUUCAUUUUAGAUUUUUUCUGCAAUGGGCCAUCUUGGCUCACCCCUGACUUACCCGUGAACCCAUAAACAGAGUAAUGUUUUUUUCUCUGUUUUAUGUAUUUCUCUGAAGAAAGCUGUCUAGAAAAAAGAUGUCAUGGCUGGAUUGUAUGUAAAAUUCUCCACCAGUGUCUUCUUACAAUUGAAUUUUGUUGUCCUUGUUUUUUCAAUAUGGUGUCCCAAUGAACUUCGACACAUCAGUCCAGUAUUUGAGCAGAAGACUAAUCGAUUCUGGGAGUUUGAAGAGCAAUCCAACAGUUGGGUUGAAGUGGAGUUGCCUUUUGAUUUGGUUUCUUGUGUCAAUGGGAACUGUACUAAGGUGGGUUCUAUUUCUCAGAUGAAGCAGAAAGAAGACUACCUGCAGGAAAGAAACGAUAUUUCUGAACAAGGAAUGAAAUCAAAAAUCAUGUUUGAUGACAAAGAACUACCAGUGGAGAGUCCUGCUCAGGUUCUACCCCUCAGGAAGAGAAUUUCUAUAACUAAAAUGUCUGAGACUUCUAUUUGGGUCACUGGGGAAAGUGGGUCUAUUUAUGAAAGGUUCUGGAAUGGGGUGCAGUGGGUAAUCACACCCCAUGACUUACCAAUAUCAGCAGGCCAUGCAGUUUCAGUUUUCAUUGUCAAUCAGACAAUACUUGCGCUAUCUGAAGCUGGGAAUCUAUAUCAGCUGCAGAUAAGUGAAAACUCACAGCCAAUUUGGAUUGACUGCACACCUACACAUACAGAUACAGAUUCAAGCUUAAUCCUGAUCAAGUCAGGUGCUGUUUCACAUGAUGGAGAAAAAGUUUACUUCUCUACAAUGGGUGGAUCUUUGUUGGAGCUUACUGAAAUUGAUCCUUGGAGGUGGAUAUUUCAUGGACAACCCCCUGGUGGAAAUGUUGCAACCAUAGUUGAUGCUGCCACUAUUAGACCAGAUAUAGUAUUUAUAGUAAGCUCCAAUGGAGAUCUUUAUGAAUUAGACCGAAGCUCAAGGCCAUCAUGGAAGAAACAUAUAUGGAGUGAAGGAUCAAAGCGAGAAGUUCCAUUGUCAUCAUCUGUUGGGUGUACCGUUCAUGGCUUGAUUGGAGCAUAUUCUAUAUCUCUGUUCCUAAUAACUAAGGAUGGUUACUUGAUUGAGAGGAGACUGCAUCGGCGGAAGUGGAGAUGGAUAGCCCAUGAAGGUCCUAAGGACCAGAACCUGACAUCAAUCACACCAGUUACCCAAAAUGAACUAAAUGAGAAUGUUUUAUCACUGUUCUUUACAACAUCUAGUGGAUCCAUAUAUGAAUAUCAACUUCCUAAACAGUCAAGUACAAUUCAGGGGAACGAAAUUCUAGGUCAAUGGGUGAAUCACAUGCAUCCACCUCAUACAAAAGCUGCAAGAGGUAUUCCAGGCCUACAAUUGCAAGCUGGCAGGAUAGUGUUCCCACUACAUGAUGGUAGACUUGCAGAACUGCAUUUACCUGGAAUUGGUGGUGAAAGUGCAGGCCCAAAUCAUCAUAGUAACAUACGAAAAAAGGCAUCAUUCAAUUAUGAAUGGUCAGUUUUAGAAGCCCCAGAAACUGAAGGUUGGAAUGCAGAGUAUUGCACAGAAGAACGGGGGCCCUCAAAUUGCAUCACAGGCAUAAAAGAUGAGCCAAAUGACUCUGGCAUUACAAGGCCAACAGCAAGGAGGAGGAAGGGGAUCCAAGCACAAGAAAGUUACCUAUCUCCAAGUACAUCAGAAAGCAACCUCACCAAGUCUUCAGACCAAAAUAAUUUCCUAAUAAACAGAACCAAUGCAAAUUUCCACAUGCGAGUAAUGCAGGCUGGCAGAUCAUUUUUCCUCAUUACAGAUAGUGGUUCAACUUAUGAAUAUCUAUACACUGAGAGUGUAUGGUUGUGGCUGAAACAUGAGCACUCAACAAUUAUGAAAGGUGCAGUAGGAAACUACAAUGGAAGCUUGUUUCUUAUAGACAUGCAUGGGAACUUACUUAUGAGAGAAAGAAGCAGCAAUGAGCUAGCAUGGAUUAAUUGCACUGCCAUGAGAAAGGGAAAACAAGUGAUUGCAGGCCCUCCAUGGGACAAAAUUCCUGGAAGAAAUUUUAAAGUUACAGAAGAAGAUGCACUCUUCUUUGUGAGCAAAAGUGGAAGAUUAAUUCAAUUUAUAGUUGCCUUGCGAAAGUUCAAGUGGAAAGACUGCCAAAAUCCUCCAAAUACUAGAAUUGCAUGUAUAGUAGAUCAAGAAGGGUUCCGUGAAAAUAUAGUGUUUGUUGUUGGGAAGAAUGGUCGGCUAUACCAGUACAAUAAAGUAACAGAGUUAUGGCAUGAACACUAUCAGUCCCCACAUUUAGUUCUAUCAGGGCUGCCUGGAACUGCUAUGAGGUCAUCAUCUCUAUCUCUAAUGGGCUCUCUAUUCAUGAUUUCAGAAGAUGGAGGACUUAUUGAAUAUCACUGGAAUGCAUUGGAUCGAUGGAACUGGGUGGAACAUGGAACACCACACAAAAGUGUAACUCUAGUUGGUGCACCAGGACCCUGCUUUGAAGGUAAUCAAUUGUUUUUGAUUGGCUCUGAUGGUGAAGUUUAUCUAAGAUACCUGGACCAUAAUACAUGGAAAUGGAAGAACUAUGGUUUCCCCUCUAUGGAAAAUAUGUCUGUCAAAGAUCAAAUAUCAAUGGGAGCAAAAUAUAUAAAUGAUGAAAUAUGCAUCAAUGAAGAAAUUAUGUCUAGCAUUGAGGAGAACACCCAAAGCCUAAAUGAUAACAUAAAGUGUGAUGCAAAGGUGACAUCAAUACGACCGGUUCCAUUUUCUGAAGAUUCAGUGAUCUUUGAAUUAAAAGAUGGAAGAUUGGCAGAGCUGAAACAAAUAGAAGAGACAAAAUGGGAAUGGUCACGUAUCAUCAGUACUCCAAUGAGCUUAUGUAUGACAAGUUAUUGGGUUUCUUUGGAAUCAUGAUGCUUCCUACAACCCUCUCAAACUUAGAAUUUCAAGCCAGAAACAAACUUCAUACUGAUAUAUGGUAACAUUGUACAGUUGACUCAGAAGUUCCAGACUACGCAAUAGCCUUUCUUCCUCUUGUUUUUCUUCUUUUGUGGGAGGAAGCGUUCUAUCAUGUAUGUAUUAUAAAUCAUCAAGCAACAGCUAUACAGUGUAUCCACAGGUAUAAUGUAACAGUUACAAUAAAUUGAACAGAAUAGAAUUUCCAUUAUCUUAAGAAAUUUAUUUUGGGGAUUUUUUUCUAUUUGGAUUAGGAAAUAUUACUUUCUUAACUCUUACUAUGGUUAAUAAAUGUGUCAUAAAGUAAUGGUGCAGAUGCAAAUAAAUGUACUGAGAUUCCCUUGGAGGUAUCCGGUAGAGACUUUGCCAAAUUGUUUGCCUGGUACAAAGCAACUAUUCUUUUAUGAGUCUGGCAUGAUGCAACUGUAUUUGAGUUCAUAGUUUUUUUGAGAGAUCAGUAUUUGAAGUUUACA